AUGGCCAAAUGCAGCAAGAUCCGCGACAUCGUCUGGCUCCGGCAGACCCUGCGGAGGUGGCGGUCCCGCGCCGCGGCGCGCGUGGCCGAGGGCGGCGCGGUGCCGGCAGGGCACGUGGCGGUGUGCGUGGGCGGGGCCUCGCGGCGGUUCGUGGUGCGGGCGGCGCACCUGAACCACCCCGUCUUCCUCGAGCUGCUCCGGCAGGCGGAGGAGGAGUACGGCUUCCGGACCGGCGCGUGCGGCCCCAUCGCGCUCCCCUGCGACGAGGACCGCUUCCGGGACGUCCUCCGCCGCGUCUCCUCCGAGGAGCGCCGCGGCCGUUCCUUCGGCUGCCGCGCGCCGGCCGCCAGCGGGCGAGACAUCGCGGCGCGGCCGUUGCUGCAGCGGGCGGCGGCGGAGGAGCUCGUGUGGUGA